AUGACAAUAUCUACUUUCGAUCACGUGUCUGCGGGGCGACUUAGACGGAUUGCGCGUCAUCUCGCCUUCCCAAAUUUUCCCCUUCUGCAGUUCGAAUCCAAAACAUCUAUCUAUAGUACAGAGUACGAGCGAAAGAUGUUUAACUCGGUGAAUCUGGGCAACUUCUGUUCCCAGUCGCGUAAAGACCGGACUUCCGAGUUUGGUGACAGGACAGGCUGCGCGUCUAACAUCUACCUCCCCAGCUGCACCUACUACGUCCCCGAAUUUUCCGCCGUAUCUUCGUUUCUUCCACAGGCCCCGUCGCGGCAGAUUAGCUACCCUUAUUCCACAAAUCUUUCUCAAGUACAACCGGUGCGGGAAGUUUCAUAUGGCUUGGAUCCUGCGAGUAAAUGGCACCCCAGAAGCAAUUAUGCACCGUGCUAUUCUGGAGAGGAUUUGGUGCAUAGGGACUGUCUCCCACCAUCCACCAUGACCGAAAUGCUUAUGAAGAACGAGAGCGUGUACAGCCACCACCAUCACCACCCAGGCUCCAACCAUCCCUCCGCUGGAUUCUACUCCGGUGUGGGGAAGAACAAUGUCCUCCCUCAAGGUUUCGAUCGCUUCUUCGAAACGGCUUACUGCAGCGCGGACAAUCAGCCGGACAAUUGUUUACAAAAGGGCGAGGCGAGUAAACUGGAAACGGAAUCCCAGCAGCCCUCCUCUCUACCCGGCGCCAGAGACCAGGAAAAGGAGCGAGAAGACGAGGAGGAACAUACAAUUUCGGGCUCGUGUACUUCUUCAGUCACCAAGGAAGGCAGCAGCACCAAGAACAGCCACUCCAGCACCCCUCGUACAAGGAAGAAGAGAUGCCCUUACUCCAAAUUUCAGAUUCGAGAGCUGGAGCGGGAGUUCUUCUUUAACGUUUACAUCAACAAAGAAAAGCGGCUUCAGCUGUCACGAAUGCUGAACCUCACCGACCGACAGGUUAAAAUCUGGUUUCAGAAUAGAAGAAUGAAAGAAAAGAAGCUGAGCCGAGACCGCCUGCAAUACUUCUCGGGGAAUCCCUUAUUGUGAGCCGCAUUUGCGUUUAAUGUCAUGGUCCUCCUGACCAGUGACAAAUAGAAAUAUACUUAUCUCGUUGAGUUGUGUUUGUGGGCAUUACCAAGAUUUAAAAUGAAGCCCAUAAUACCAACAGUGCAAUGUAAAAAGGACAGUCUAAAUUGUUAUGCCCGCAUGGAACAAGUCGCCAUUUUCUUACCUACGGGCGGUGGUACAUUUCUAUCUCAGAGAGGUCAAUGGGUGGUUUAAGAUUAUACUUUUUAUUACCAAUACUGGUCUUCCAUAAUCUAUACCAUCUAUUUACCAUGAUUUUUUUGUUUGUGUUUAUUCUAUUGUUCAUUUAGGGCAAUUAUAAAAAAAUAAA